AUGGGGCUUGUUUCGGGCGGCGCGAGCAUGGGCGGCGACAACGGCGGGGAUGCCUCGAUGGGGCAAGCCGCCGCCGCCGGCCUAGACGCGCUGUAUGCGGAGGACGUGGACAUGGGCGAGGCCAUGCCGUGGUCAUUCGCACCCGACUCCAACGGGUUCGCAGGAGGCGCAGCGUCCAACGCGCCCUCCGCACAAGAUCUCUCCGCGCCGGCAACGGCCUCGCGCUCGACUCCCACCGGCCCGGUGGCGUCGCUCGUGCUCUCCGCGCCGGCGGCAGCGGCGGGGGCGACGCCGGCAACGGCGGAGUCCAACGACGCCGCCUCUUCGAACACCGGCGCUUCUGCCUCGAGCCAAUCUUCGGCAACGGCGCCAGCCUGGGGCAUGGAUUCUCCGUCCCCCUUUUCCCCGGAAAAGUGGACGGCGUAG